AUGAAAAAUAAAUUGGAAGGUGAAUUUAAAUCUAGUGAGAGGUUUACCGGAGAUCUGUCGGUAAACGUAGUAAGGCAACAAGCACCGAAAUCUCGACGCGAAUCCAUGGCCCCUAAGAUUGUGGUGUGUCCUCCAGUUGAAGAAAUGACUGAACCCGCGGCAGCACCUCGAGGAUCCCGCCUGCUCAAAGCGUUGAGUCGGCGGCUCUCUCGCCGCAAAUCCGAUGACGACUCUUUAGGAAGCUCCAGCAGCAACGAAAGUAUGUCAUGUGAUACCGGCCGAAGUGAUGACCCUUCAUCCUGCUCAACCAGCGACUCUGGCGACGAAUCUGACCGACGAAGACGUCACAGAUCAACGGUGUCGUUGAGGCGAGUUUUUCAAAACUUCAGUAUAUCAAGUCGGUCACAAUCAUCUUCACCAAGUGACCGCCACCGCCAGCCCAAGAAGCAAACCCAGCCAAAACGAAUUCUUCGGCCCCCAGUCACCUACACAUACGUACGAGGGCUAUCCGGCUUGCCAACACAGCGGGUGCCUCGUCAUACAGUUUAUUGCGCUUCCGUGGGUCUCAACCGAUAA